UGAUACUUGGAUGUAAGUAAGAUGUUUGUCUUUAUAUGUUACAGUACCACCGCUGACACUGUGCUCAAUGGAUACUUCAUACCCAAGGGUAUAUGUGUGAUGAUCAACCAGUGGCAAGUGAAUCAUGAUCCGAAACUGUGGAAAGACCCAUUUAACUUCAGACCAGAACGCUUCCUACAUGAGGACGGCUUAUCAAUAAACAAAAUUGAGAUGGAGAAAGUCCUGACUUUUGGCUUGGGCAAGAGAAGAUGCCUUGGUGAAGCCAUUGGCAGAACUGAAGUUUUCCUCUUCCUCACCACCCUGUUCCACCAGUUGCAAUUUUCAAUACAAGAUGUUGAGAAGCUGGAUAUGUCCCCUCUGUAUGGACUCACCAUGAAACACAAACGGCACCUUGUGACUGCCAGACUGCGCUUUCCUAUGAUGGCUACUCAGUAGAACUCUAACAUGAGCAAAUCAUCUUCCAUGCAAUAUUUAGGACUACAU